CGUGACUGAGUGACAUCACGCAGGUGUCAAAACAGGUCUAUAUGAAGAAGGCAUGGCAGUAAAAACAUCGACAGACAGCGCCACACCUGCGAACACUACUAGCUUUUUUGUGUGCAGUCAUGGCUAUUCGCACGCAAUGUUUUCAACUGUUCCUUCUUUUGUGCUGCGUGCAGACCUGCCUGUCAGAGAAAGAGGACAGAGGCUUCACUGGUACAGAGACAAACGACGGGGUGUGGGUCAGCCCCCAAGCCCAAAAAGUCCUGAGCAGCAACCUCACCACCAUCUUCCUCCCCAUCAUCUACAUCAUCGUGUUUGCUGUGGGGCUGCCUACCAACAUCUUAGCAAUCUGGGUGUUCCUCUUCCGGACCAAGAAAAAGCACCCGUCCUCCAUCUACAUGGCCAACCUGGCUGUGUCUGACCUGCUCUUCGUCAUCUGGGUCCCCCUAAAGAUAGCAUACCACUUCAACAGCAAUGACUGGCUCUACGGAGAAGGGUUGUGCAAAGUUCUUGUGGCAUUUUUCUACGCCAACAUGUAUUGCUCCAUCGCCUUCAUCGCCUGUAUAAGUGUUCAGCGUUACUGGGCCGUGGUCCACCCGCUCUCCCAGCACCAGAAGGAUAACCGUGUAGCCAUCGGCAUCUCCGGUAUGAUCUGGUUGUUGGUGUGGCUCAUCACAAUCCCUCUGUACCUGUACGACCAAGAGGUACAUAUAACCAACCUCAAUAUCCACACCUGCCAUGACGUCACCAGGCCCAGUCAGAAGAAAAUUGCUGCAGGCUACUUCCUGACAAUGGGAACUCUGGGAUUUGUCGCUCCCUCCAUCGUGAUCAUCAUAUCCUACGUCCUCAUGCUCAAGUCUUUAAGGAACAGCAUGGCGGACCCUGCCAUCGCAAAGAAGCGCAAAAAGGCUGUGGUGUUGAUCAUCACAGUGCUGGUGAUGUUUUUAGUGUGCUUCACGCCCAGUAACAUCAUGCUGCUGGUGCACUACAUCCUCCUAUUGGGAGAGGCUCGAAACAAUCUGUAUGGAUUUUACAUCACCACUCUGUGCUUGGCGAGUCUCAACAGCUGCUUCGACCCUUUUGUUUAUUAUUUCAUCUCUGAGGACUUCAGGCAGCAUGUGAAGAACACGUUCCUCUGCAGGAGUGAGAGGACAGUGGAGAGAAUGAGGGUCUCCUUCAGUGCCCUCAAAUACUCCAAGAAGAACAACACUUACACAUCUAGUUCAGGGAACACUCAGAGCACCGAGUGCUAGUACCUUGUUUUUUAAUUCCUCAUUAUUAAACUUUCCUCUGGUAUCAGCUAACAUGGAUUUUUUUUUUGAUUUGACUUCUUUCAUCUCAGGGUGAAAACUUUAGAGUCGUCUGUGGCAAAUAAAUUCUACAAGCUACAAGCUGUCUAAGUUACUGCUUCUGUUUUUUAAAAAUAUAUUUUGUAAAAAUAUUUAAAUGCUUUUAUAUCUUAGCACUCUCCUGAUGCAGUCUUCUGCAGUGUUAUUUGAUUUCAUGGGACAUAAUAACAUUAAACUUUGGUAUUUCUUUUGUAAAUGUGUGAAAUAUUUUAGACUUGGCUGUUUAUUGAAAGGAAUUAAUUGUCUUAAGUAUAGAGACCUUACAUUUUGCAUCUUGUGUGGUAAAAGCCUGACACAUGAAUUUAUCUUGUAUAUGUUUUUAAAGUAUGUAUUUCUACUUGUUUAACCUUAUUGUUAACGUUUGUCAAUAAAAGUUUAAAGAACCUUUA